AUUCUGCCGGCGCGGAUAAUACUCCGCCUCAAGAUAUUUCCCUUCGGCCCUCACUCAAUUCGCAGUCCAUCGCUAGACGGGACAAGCCAUGGCGAGCAUAUCACCCAUCAUGCGGCAGCUAGGCUACUUACGGCCGCUACUAAAAACCCCUGAAUCGAUACUGGGUCGUCGAACUAUCUCCACAGCCUACACCCCGAAGUCAGACGCAGCACCUCUUCCGAACAAACUGCCCAGGUCGUUCAUGUCGCAAUUACCGACUCGACUGCGUCCUGACCAAGCCCCCAAAAAACUCAAAAUCUACCCCCCACCCGCCAGCACCCGCAACAUCUGCAAAGAACCCAUCAACGCCGUAACCCAAUCCCAACUUUCAACCCUCGACCCAACAGGCGAACGCAAAGCCCUCUUUGACUACCGCCGGAAUCCUCGCAGCGUGAAACCGGGCGACAUCCUGCGCGUAACAUUCAAGAACGGAGACCCGUUUUCGGGCGUGUGUUUGAGCAUCCGGCUGCGCGGGGUAGAUACUGCGUUUUUGUUGCGGAAUGAGUUGACGAGAGUGGGUGUUGAGAUGUGGGUGAAGGUGUUUAGUCCUGAUGUGCAGAGUGUGGAGAUUGUGCAGAGGUCGGAGAAGAGGAAGAGAAGAGCGAGGUUGUACUAUAUGAGACAACCCAGACACGAUAUGAGAAGCGUAGAAAACAUCGUGUCCAACUAUCUCAAGAAGAAGUCGGCUCUUACGGGUCAGAGACGGCAAAGACGGUGAUUGUGGUUGGAUGCGCAAUUUGGGUUCUGUGAUUGUAUAAUACUGCGUGUGUCUUCUCUCUUGUUCUAUGAAUAUACUAGAAUGACUUCUGUUCAUGCAUCUCCGAAGAAUCUGGACCUAUUCUACCAUGAAACCCAAAGCAUAGCCACCCAUAGAGAAACUAACUUGUCAAUAUAUAU